AUGUCCAAAAGAGUUUAUAAAUCAUUGGAUCAAAGACAAAAUGAAUGGCUUAGUACAAUUCUCAGGCAACGGUCCUGGAGACAAACAGAUGAAUUUAAAAAAUACGUUUAUCAAUUCACCGAGGAUGUUUGUGACAGAACGACCAUUCCAUAUUUGGUUCGCAAGUCUUUUGUAAAUCCAAUUGAAUCAUUCAACCCAUAUCGUCAUGAGGGUCAUGACAUAGCCCAAAGAAUUUUGACACACUUGAUUGAGAACAAAUCCCUUGAUUAUGAAAGGACUUUCUCUAUAGACACAACAGUGUAUAUUAUAAAUAGGUUGUUCCGUAUGCAUCAAGAUGUGGUUGAACUUGUAUGGAUCGAGUUAACAACCCCCCAUACAAAAAACCACAAAAUGGACGGACUUUUUAAAGUAAUCAAGACAAAACAAAGUCAAGCUGUAAUUCUAUUCGAGUUCUCAUACGGCAGACGAGCACCUGAAUCAAAGGAAGAUGGAGAUGAAGUUAAAUUGUGUAGGAACUCUAUGCGGAUUCUAAAUAACCUAUUACAGAAUGUACCUAAAAACAUAGCACGCGUUUAUUUGGUGCAAUCUGCUAAUGGUUUAAUUAAAAUCAAGUAUUUGGUGCGUCCUCUACCUUCGAUCUACAUUCUUCAAACAUUUACAGUUAUAAAAAUACCAGUGUCUUUUGACGACUUCGAACAAUCUGCAAAAAUCAUGGUUGAUUUAAUGAACUUGCAAGCGGACGUAUUGUCAACAAUUAAAGCAAUGAACAAAGUUGUGAUUAGACCUAAUUAUAUCAAUAUAACUUCCGUGCAUAAUACACCAGAAAAAAAUAAGAAGGUGGAACAACCCUCACCUCCCAAAUCCCCAUGCCCCGGCGAAUCACCUUUAGAAUUACCAUCAUUGACUUUUAAAAGUUAUUAG